ACCACAUUUACUCAUCUCUUUCUCUCUCUCUCUCUCUCUCCCUCUCUUUCUCUCUCUCUGUCUCUCUCUCUCCAGUCCCCAGGCUUUUUAGGGUGCAAUUAAGUUUUUGCAUGCCAUGUGAUGUGAAGUGGGAGUUCAAUUUAAAAAGAAGGGAUCAGAAGAUUUUCUGUGGAAAACGUGGCUUCAUGAGACCAGAGAUUUAUCUUUUUGGAGACUCUAUAACGGAGGCCUCCUUCUGUGAUGGAGGUUGGGGUGCUUCUCUCGCCCACCAUUUUUCUCGCACGGUUGACUUGGUGCUGAGAGGGUACAGUGGGUACAAUACAAGGUGGGCUUUGGAGGUGAUAGAGAAGGUGUUUCCGGAGGUGAGUAGGGGUGGUGGUGCGCCGCUGGCUGUGACGGUGUUCUUUGGAGCAAACGACGCUUGCCUUCCCGAUAGAUGCUCUGCCUUCCAACACGUCCCUAUUCAUGAAUACAAGCAGAAUCUACACUCCAUUGUCUCCUUUCUCAAGAAGCGAUGGCCUACCACCCUUGUUCUACUUAUCACUCCUCCUCCUAUAGAUGAGGAAGGGCGCCUUCGGAAUCCUUAUGUGGAGAAUCCAAUGGGUCUUCCGGAGAGGACAAAUGAGGCAGCUGGUGCUUAUGCUAAAGCAUGUGUUGAUGUUGCGGGAGAAUGUGGGGGUCCAGUGGUGGAUAUUUGGACAAAAAUGCAGCACAUUUCUGACUGGCCAAGAAUUUGCCUAAGUGAUGGUUUGCAUCUCACCCAAAGUGGCAACAAAAUUGUGUUUGAGGAAGUUGUUGCAAGGCUAAGAGAGGAAGGCAUAAGUCUAGAAACUUUGCUGGUUGAUCUCCCACAUAUCGCUGAAAUAGACCCUAAUGACCCCUUGAAGUCUUUUUCUUAGUUGAAAUGUUCAUAAAAGCAUGUUUUGUACAACCAACUUAUAUGCCAACUAUAUUGUUAAUAGCUUUGCUUUGGCUAUAGCUGCGCCCUAGAUGAGUGGUUUUUGGUGAGAUGUCCUUAUGAUUGAAUUAUAUUGUUGAAUUGUUGGUUUUGGCUACUUGAGGGUAUUUUUUUGGCAUAUUUUAUGUGAACUUUUCCCAUAGAUGGA